AUGUCUUUGAAUGUGUCAUCUGAAUACCUUAUAUUUGCAUUUUUAUGAUUGGAAAUGCCUAAUUUUGGCCAAAAACAUGUAAAAUGUGCCUAAAUAAGCAUAUUUUUGGACUAAUAAUAGGCCGUUUUCAACCACAAAACAGCAUGAAAUAAUAUAUUUUUGAAAAGCCAUGAUAGAGUGAAACUGCAAAACUCAAAGCGCAAAGUGGUGAGGGAUUACUGUAGGACAUAAACUUAAACUUUCACGUGGUGGUCUGUUGAGAAUAAUGUGUCGAGGUCUUCCCCUCGGCCGAGCUGAGUUUGUGUCAAAGGUUGAUGAGUUGCUCCCUGUGAACUCAUCUGUCACAGUGAGCGCUCGGGGAAAUGAAGUGCGUAAUGAAAUGAAAGGAGGGACAGGAUGUGACGAGUAGCCGGCGUUGAACACUUCACUGGAUGGGGAAAUGAGACUGGCGCACCAGCCCAGUUUGUGACAAAUGAAUGCAGAGGAAACUGGUUUAACAUUAGGUCCCUUUUUCCCCACCUUUGUGGAGCUGAGGCGCAUAUUUUACAUGAUAAAUAUCUACGCUACAUAAAUACCAGCCAUGCCAUGACUAAUUCUGCUGUAUAAACAGCAACAACAACAGCACCCCUGCCUCUCGCCCAAAGUCAGCUGGGAUAAGCUCCAGCAUACACCUUGACCCUUGUGAGGAUGGAAUGGCAACAAGUGGAUACACAGGUUAAUUAUGACCAUCUGCCAUCUAGUGGAAGAGCAUUUCAUUGUUCCGCCUGUCUCUAUGCAUCGCUGGCAUACUGUAGAUAGACGAACAAGGAUACAUUCUUUGUUGAACAUAAAUAAUCGUUGGUGGGCCGGUUAAGUAACAUUGGAUGUGGAUGAAUUUCCCACGGCACAUCUGUCCAUUUCUCACAGCACACCCAGUGUUUCCCACGCAUUCAUUUAUUUGUGGCGGCCCACCAGAAAUCAUUUUGGCGCAACCUUUUUCAUAAACACGUUAUAAAGGGACUGAAUGUAGUUUGUCGUUCCGACUCCAUACAGCAGGUGGCAUUGUAACUCCUCCUCUUAACACACCACCUACGCAGCUGCUCUGCCAGAGAAUAAGGAGAUAUACUGUAGCAGGAGGGAUCCGUGUUGCCAAUUUGGCGAUUUUGCAUGAAGACCUCUCUAGAUUCUGUUUUUCACAAAAACAGCUCGCUUUCUGGUCUCGCCGGACACUUUUGGAGACUAGCGGGAAAACACGUAAAACACAAUCUCGAAGCACUCACAGGGUUCCGCCUCACUUGUGCCAUGAAAAAAAACACAAACAGAAGCCAUGGAAGAAAGUUUGUUUGCAUUUCGAAACAUUUGUUUUGCUUUUCAUGUUUUUUGCUCACUUUUUGUUUCCCACAGUGGCCGUAAAAAUCAGGUGCUCAUGCGUAGUUGCCAGUUAUGCAAAUUAAAUGAUUACAGGAAUCCCUCGACACAUCGCGCUUCACAUUUCUCAGCGUCGCUCUAUCACGGUUUUUCCAAAAUAUAUUAAUAAAUCAUUCUAUUUCGUGGUUGAAGACGGCCUAUUAUUAUUAUUCCAAAAUUUUUAGCAUUUUUGCCUCAAUUAGGCAUAAUCAAGCAUCAAAAUGGCCAACAAAAACAUAAAUAAAAGCCAUUCAGAAGAUGUAUCCAAACACGUUGCGAUCAUAUGUAGUAUUCUACACUGGUCACUAGGAAUCACUAAUCUUACUGUAAUGUUGGGUGAGACACACAAGCACCAGACUUGAUCGACAGAGCAACAGGGUUUUAUGUUUUAAUUAUCCCACAACAGGCGCAAUGAUUCCUAACAGUUGCAGCUGUAACACACGGCAAGCUACAACUCAACUGUGUACCCCCAACGUAACUUCCUGCCCCCCUCCUCCCAGCUCCGCUACCACUGGAACACAUUUACAGCAACACACGAGCACAAGUCUUAUUUAAAGUAUGUCUUAAAUGGCUCAUUUACACUUACGCUACUAUAUACUAGUAUGUUAUACGGGUAUUAUUUCACGUCUAGAGGGCUCUAAUAAUGUUGACAACUGUAUUUAACUUUUAAAAAAAGUAUUUUAAAAAAAACACUGACGCAGCAAACUUUGUGAAAACCAAUACUUGUGUCAUUCUCAAAAUGUUUGGCCACAACUGUAUCAGUGACCUCCUCUGCAAAAUUCCAGACUCAGUGUGCCAUCAAAAUGAACCCCAAACAACACAAACCAUUCUUUAUAUAGGAGUUAUAAAGAUAACAUGGAGUGGUCGUUUUCAGCAGCGGCUGUGAAGUCACACACUCUUUACUUGUUGCUGCAUCCUAUGUACAGUACACAGGCGUCUUCAGUCUCUGGUGGGUUUUCUUCUGUAUUGAAGUGUUGUUUGUGUUGUGUUGUGUUGUUUUUUUCUAUAUUUAUUUUCUCUUAUUAUUUACAGAACGUGUCCAACAUUGUUGCAGCACCACACGUGUUUGUCAGUGUAUCAACAUCACCCGCUUCUCCACACACAGCCUGGAGUUUGUUAGUGAUGUCAAACAAGCAGGUUGCCAUCAUCAUGAAGAACCCUGAAGAGAAAACCACGGGAAUGUCGAGAUGACACCUUCUAACGCGUAAAGUUUAUAAUCAAAUUAAACACAAUAACCCGAGUUGGCAAGACGCAGACACUUACUUAUAAUGGUGUUCCAUUCGUGUGUUGUUUGAGAUCUACCUCACAGGGUUGACUAGUCAGAAAGCUUCGUUUGACAGCUUUGCAGCUAAAGUGCAAGUUACAGUUUCUUUUUAUUAUUGUCUCAGUGGGAUGUGUGUGUUGCCCUUGGGAAAGUGUGUGUUUACCUGCCAACACUGCAAAAAUAUUAAUUGUUGGUAUAUUAAAUUAGCUGGAGAAUCAACAAUGAGUGAUGAUAGAUAGCUGCGCCUCUUCCAUAAUUAUACCUUUCAUUUCUUCAUUAUUUCAUCGGUUUGUGGGGCAGUGUUUCCCAUACAUUCAUUUAUUUAUGUCUUGGACUGCCCAAAAUAGAUUGGCAUUACCUGUUUGCCCUCACCCAUAAACAACCAUUAUAGUGGGACUGUCUGUGUAACUGUAUUAACACACCUCACACGCACCUGGUCUGCCAGAGAACAAGAAGACACAUCAGGAGGGAUCCAUGAUGCCAACUUAGCAACUUUGUCGCUAUAUUUAGUGACUAUUCAGACCCCUCUAAAUACUCGUUUUUAAAAAAGCAGCUAACGACAAAUCUAGGGACUUUUUCUGGCCUUAUCGGACAGACUCUCACAUGAAAGCACGCAUCGCAACGGGUCCUGGUGUGUCCCCGGAACGCACUAACAGGUGGGUUUGUUUUGCUUGUGACAUUAAAAAAACACACACACACACACCAAAAGAAAGCUAAUUUGUAUUGGGGGGGUUGUGAAAUAAAAAAAAAUAUGCUGGAGGCGCUUAUGUUGAAAGCACCUGGCAUGUAAUACGUUUACACUGUAACCACUGUGCUGACAUGUAGAUGUGCGGUGUUCCUAAUCAAGCGGAUGUUUGUUGCCAUUCCAGGGAGCGAUCUAUGGCACGGCCCAGUCCAUCCCAGACAGAUCCAUGGCUGGAUCAUCCCAGAAGUGAACAACUCAAAGGCUCCUAAAAUCCAGAGACUGCCCGAAGGGGAGAGAGCUCAUCAUCUUCCACCGCUGCACAGCACCCAGUGGGUGGUGGUGGCGGGACGGGACGCCAUCUACAAAGAGUUUGUUUUUAAAGAUUUUAACCAGGCCUUUGGCUUCAUGUCCAGAGUGGCACUGCAAGCAGAGAAGAUGGACCAUCAUCCUGAGUGGUUCAACGUUUACAAUAAGGUUCAGAUCACCUUGAGCACACAUGAGUGUGGGGGUUUGUCCCAGCUUGACAUCACUUUGGCCACUUUCAUUGACCAGAUCUCUCUGAUGUAACCAGCAGCUGGAGAAGCUCUACAGAAAAACAUGUGUCCGAUCGUUAUUAGAUCAUUUACUUCCAGUUGUGUUGAACAGUGCUGUGUGUGUUUGAAAUGUUCUGGUGGUGCGUUGGUGACAUACAGUAAUUGUAGUCCUUGUGAGUUUUGUCAUUCAGGGGUUAUUGUUUGAACUACAUAUUUCUCAAAUUCUGUAUUUUCAAAGCAGCCCUUAAUCCGCAAACUGUAGCAUCGUCUGGUCCCUGUUACCACUUGGACAAGACCCAAGACUAGACGAGCGAAUAGCGCUAAUCUAGCGUUCCAAAUAAUGCUUGUUAAUGUGUGAUUACACUAUCUGUAAUUGUUAGACGACAGCACUGGACAGCUGACAUAUCACAGGCUGCUUUGAAGGUAUAACUAAGACAGAAAAGCUGACAAUGAGCAUAGUCAUUUCCCCGGUGUUGAGCAGGUGUCCACCGCUGUUGCUGGAAAGAGAAGAGAAGCCGUCUGUCGGCAGAAGUAUGAAAAGCAAUGUAAACACAAGAUCACAUUAGCAACAGUAAUGUAAACAUUCGUUGUAGUUCACAGACGUUUGCCAAUAAAAUGAUGUUCACAAAUGAAAAAAUUACUUUUCUGGUCUGUAAUAAUGUAUCUAACUAUCACUUUUAUCUUUCUUAAACUUACUUUAUGCUAUGUUAUAAACAUUUGUAUAUAUAUUUUUCUAUAGUUUUUUCAUUUCCACGGCAAAAGAGCUGCUUUAAAUCUCAUUAUACAUGUGAGAAGACUGAGAAAAUUUGGCAUGUCCACCAAAAUCCUCAGUUGCUUCUACAGAUGCACUAUCGAAAGU